UACAAUAUAAAAAGGUGGUAUCUGUCAGAUAUGGAGUAAUAUUAUUUCAGUUUUUGCUUAGUUCACAUCGCAAGUUAUUAAGUUAUUUUAAAUUAUUGUGCAAUGAAGCCAAUUUUAAGUCAGUGCUGUUUUUGCAAUACAUUAGAGACUGGUGGACAGAUUAUUGGAUGGCUAUAUACCAUUGUUGGUAUCCUUUCAUUUUUUGCUUGUAUUGCUUUUGCUGUUGUUUUUGGAAUAUCAACAGAUCCUAAUGUUCAAGAUACUAAGCCAGUUUUCGUCACAUUAUUCAUCGUAUUGGCUUUCUUCUCAAUUAUCAAUAUAGUUGCUGGAAUUUUGUUGGUUCGUGGAGUUAGUAGGAAAAGCCACAAAUCAAUGAUUUUGAUUCUGGUCCUGAUGAUCCUUGGAAUUAUUUCGUCAUUUAUAAACUUGACUAAUUCAGCAACAGCUACCGAUAUUGUAUCAGUAAUAAUUGGAGUGGGCAUCCAAAUCUACUUUUUCCUCUGUAUUUUGAGCUUAUACAAUAAAAUCAAAAAUGAAGGAAAUUCAAAUCAAGUUACGCAGCAGUAUGCAUAAAGUAGUUUAAGAAUGAAAAUAAUAUUUUGUAAUAGCAAAUUAAGAAUAUUUCCGAAUAUUUAAAUAAUAUAAAGAUAAGAAAUUAAGUAAAUUUUAUUAUCAC